GCUGUAGGAUGCACGCGUUGGUUCUCUUACAAAGUAUUUCAAGUGUGUCACUCGACGAGUCUAGUGUCUAUCACUUUCGUGAAACAUCAUCCCUUUUUCAAAUAACUGAAGCUCGAAGAAACAGUCUGACAUUUUCAUUUCACAACUCGUCAAUCCACAUUCCCGGUCAUCAACUACUAUACCUCCUCCAACUUUUGGCUUGACAUACAUUUGUCUUGUUUUUUUUUCUUUCUUAUCACACAAUCCUCCCUAAUCUUGGUGACCUAUUCAGCAUGACUUCAACCAGCGGCGAGACAACUGCCGUACGUGGGGCGCUGAUCGUGCUCGAAGGCCUCGACCGUAGCGGCAAGACGACGCAGGUCCAGCUGCUGGAGAAGCGAUUCCUCGACCUUGGGCGCAACGUCAAGGUUAUGAGGUUUCCUGACAGGACCACGCCCAUCGGCCAGAUGAUUGACGGAUACCUGAAAAGCCAGGUAGACAUGGACGACCAUGUCAUUCACUUGCUCUUUAGCGCAAACAGAUGGGAGGCAGCAAAACAAAUCACCGACCUGCUCUCCGCCGGCACGACGGUGCUCUGCGACAGGUACUACUACUCGGGCAUGGUCUACAGCGCGGCCAAGCAGAACCCGGCCCUGCCGCUGUCGUGGGCCCGGGCGCCCGAGGUCGGCCUUCCGCGCCCGGACUUGGUCCUCUUCCUGGAUCUGACUGAGGAACAGGCCAAGGCCCGCGGUGGUUGGGGCGAUGAGCUCUACGAGAGGGCCGAGAUGCAGCGCCGGGUCCGGGAGCUGUUUUGGGGCUUGAGCAUGGGUCGGAUCGAGGCCGGCGGCGGCAGCCAGCGCGAGGAGAGGGCCCGGCAGGAGGAGGAGGACCUGCACGUGGUCGACGCCAGCCCGUCGGUUGAGGCUGUUUGUGAAGAGAUCUGGAAGGUGGUGGAGCCGAGGGUGGACGCUGUUGGCAGGGGUGAGGUUGGCAAGGUUGUGCGGAGGGUGUCAUGAUUUGUCCUUGCAUUCUUGCUUCAUGCUUGAGCCCUCUUGUCCUCGCUUCUGCACACUCAUCCUGAUACCCAGAAAAUAACCAUCAAUGUGUAUAAACCCCACUGUGUUCUGAUCCACGCUAAAUAUUCAUAAGUGUUGGGCGUUGAGCCCGACGUCUAGACUCUAGACUAACUCUCA